AUGAUCCCACACGCGCGGUCCCAGAUAAUUCGCAAGCAGCGAGAGCGGAGUGGGCUAGCCAAAGACCCAGACCCCAAGCUACGACCUCAAGACCAGCCAAAGACCCCAACCCCAACUACGACUACAAAGACCCAACCCCAAGCUUCAAGACCAGCCAAGACCCCAACCCCAGCUACGACUCACUACGACUUCAAGACCAGCCAAGAACUUAAACCCCAACCCCGAGCUACGACCUCAAGCACGACUUCAAGACAGCCAAAGACCCCAACCCAAGCUACGACUUCAAGACAGCAAGACCCCCAACCCCAAGCUAUGACCUUCAAGACCAGCCAAAGACCCCAACCCCAAGCUACGACUCAAGACAGCCAAGACCCCAACCCAAGCUACGACCUCAAGACCAGCCAAAGACCCCAACCCAAGCUACGACCUCAAAGAAGACCCAAGACCCCAACCCAAGCUACGACCUCAAGACCAGCCAAAGACCCCAACCCAAAGACUUCAAGACCAGCAAGACCAACCCAAGCUAGAUCAGCCAAAGACCCCAACCAAGCUACGAGACAAAGCCAAAGACCCCAACCCCAACUAGACCAGCCAAAGACCCAACCCCAAGCUACGACUCAAGACCAGCCAAGACCCCAACCCAAGCUACGACUCAAGACAGCCAAAGACCCAACCCAAGCUAUGACUUCAAGACCAGCCAAAGACCCCAACCCCAAGCUACGACCUCAGCAAAACCCCAAAGACCCAACCAAGCUACGACUCAAGACCAGCCAAAGACCCCAACCCCAAGCUACGACCUCAAGACCAGCCAAAGACCCAACCCAAGCUUACUCGACCCAAAGACCCCAAAGCGAUAGAAGCCAAAGCCAACCCAAGCUACGCCUGAGCUACGACAAGAGCCAAAGAGCCAAGACCUGCAAGGACCCCCCAAGCUACGACUACAAAACCUUAGGGAACGUCAGCCGGCACGAGCGUCACCCUUCCCCCCUCCGACUCAGCUGA